UCUCCGACGUCAUCACGCACCGGUCGUCUCUCUCUCUUCUCUCUCUCUCUCCACGUCCCACCUUCCCUUGUCGCUAUCCUUUCUCCCGUGUCCCCUGGUCUCGCCCCACUCGUCUUCGCUCUGAUUCGCCCCCCUCCACUGCGAACCCUAACCCUAGAUCGGUUUCUCCCUCCGUUCUGCUUCGAGACGGGUUCUCGGGGCAGGAAUGGAGGAUUAGGGCUCGGAUCGAGAUCUACGGAGGCCGGUCAUGGCCGGAGAACGCUGAUCUUUUCAAGUAGCGUGUUUGGGGUUGGGGUUUAUAAAUGUCUGUUGCUGAGCUGAAGGAGCGGCAUAUCGCCGCGACGGCGAACGUCAACGCUCUGCGAGAGCGGUUGAAGCAGAGGAGGCAGGAGCUUCUCGACACCGAUGUUGCUGGAUAUGCUAAGAGCCAUGGGAAAACCGCAAUUGGCUUUGGCUCCACGGAUCUGGUUUGCUGUAGGACCUUGCAGGGUCAUACGGGGAAGGUCUAUUCAUUGGAUUGGACUCCUGAAAGGAAUCGGAUAGUUAGCGCUUCUCAAGAUGGGAGAUUAAUUGUAUGGAAUGCCUUAACAAGCCAGAAAACACAUGCCAUAAAGCUUCAUUGUGCAUGGGUCAUGACAUGUGCCUUUGCCCCCAAUGGUCAGUCUGUUGCAUGUGGUGGUCUUGAUAGCGCAUGCUCUAUUUUCAAUCUCAAUUCUCAAGUUGAUAGAGAUGGGAACAUACCAAUAUCAAGAGUACUUACGGGGCACAAGGGCUAUGUAUCAUCAUGUCAGUUUGUUCCAGAUCAGGAAACUCGACUAAUUACCGGCUCAGGUGAUCAGACAUGUGUUUUGUGGGAUGUUACUACUGGUCAGAGGAUUUCUGUCUUUGGAGGUGAAUUUCCAUCAGGACACACAGCUGAUGUAUUCAGUGUCUCAAUCAACUCUUCAAAUUCAAAUAUGUUUGUCUCUGGAUCAUGUGAUGCUACUGCUCGGCUGUGGGAUACUCGAAUUGCUAGUCGAGCAGUUCGAACAUAUCAUGGUCAUGAGGGGGAUGUUAAUGCUGUCAAGUUCUUUCCUGAUGGACAAAGAUUUGGGACUGGCUCUGAUGAUGGCACAUGCCGGUUAUUUGAUAUGAGGACAGGACAUCAACUUCAAAUUUAUAGUCAACAGCUUGACAAUAAUGAUAAUGAGGUUCCCACUGUAACAUCCAUUGCCUUCUCAAUAUCGGGUAGACUCCUCUUUGCUGGAUACUCCAAUGGCAAUUGUUAUGUGUGGGAUACACUGGUAGCUGAGGUAGUCCUGAAUUUGGGAGCUCUACAAAACUCUCAUGAGGGCCGCAUAAGCUGCCUAGGUUUGUCAGCUGAUGGGAGUGCCUUGUGCACGGGAAGCUGGGACAAAAAUCUAAAGAUUUGGGCCUUUGGAGGACACAGGAGGGUGAUCUGAAUAUUUUUGCAUUGGUGUUUGUAAUGGAUUGUCUCAGUUUGGUGCCCAACUUGGACAAUGUUUUGCAAAUAAUGUCUGGCUUGUGUAUAACAUGUUCUGUUGUAUCUCACCCUCUUAAGCUGAAAGUCCUGAUUCCAUGAAGCUCAAGCAUCCUGAAAUAUCAAUUUUUGGAUGGGACACGUGCCAUGAGGUGAAGAAAAGGUCGCAGAAAAACAUAUCAGGACUACGCCUUCGGACAUCUAGAAUUUUUGGUGUCAUUUGUAUUAUCAGAUCCCUGUAACUCCUUUUCUUCAUACUGUGCACAAAAUGUGACGUCUUUUGUUGGUAUUCUUAGACUCUUAGUCUAGAGGAUGUUAUUUAUCCAGCCUGUACUCUCUGAUUGGUAUGUACACCUCCUUGAGUUGUAAUGUUGACUUAAUGUUUCGUUUGUUAUUUGAACUAGGAGAUAAUUUGAACUUUGGUGGGCAAAUGAUAAGUUAACACGUUCCAGGUAA